AUGGAAGCUAGUUCUCAUUCUAACAAAUCAGCCGGUUCAUUCGAUGCUGACGGUUACAAGAAAUCAAUUAGGGAAGAACCACCAGUAACUCCAGAAUUGGUUGCUAAGAGAUUUGCCCGAGUUUAUGAUAAUCCCCCCAUGGGACAAUAUCAAAGAUUUAUACAAGGAGUAGGCACAAUCUUUGGAAAAUGUGGUAUGUUUUGCUUUUUAUGUACCAAUCCAUAUCGUGAAGUUGAUCAAGGACAAGUUGGAUUAGUCCAAACAUUUGGUCGACUCUCACGAGUAGUUGAACCAGGAUUAAAUUAUGUUAAUACUUGGUCAGAAACAUUAACUCGAGUAUCAAUAAAGAUUAAUAUUCGAGAAAUUCCAGCCCAAAAAUGUUUCACCAAGGAUAAUGUUAGUGUUAUUAUCACUUCGGUAGUUUAUUACAAUAUCAUUGAUCCACCAAAAGCAGUUUAUUCCAUUGCCGAUAUUCAUGAAGCCAUUAUGGAAAGAACCCAAACUACUCUUAGAGAUGUUAUUGGAGGUCGGUCAUUACAAGAUGUUGUUGAAAAACGAGAAGAAAUAGCCGAAUCAAUCGAGCACAUUAUCGCCAAAACCGCCUUUGAUUGGGGUGUUCAUAUUGAAUCCAUAUUAAUCAAAGAUUUAACCUUACCCGAUAAAGUUCAAUCUUCAUUAUCAAUGGCAGCAGAAGCAAAGAGAAUUGGGGAAGCUGCCGAUAUAUUAGCAUCCAAACCGGCUAUGCAAAUUAGAUAUUUGGAUGCAUUACAAAAUAUGGCAAAGUCACCAGGGACAAGGGUUAUUUUUAUGCCAUCGGCUCAAGAAGUUGAAAGAAUGGCUACUGCGAAUAUUGGUUCUGAUGUUAGUCAAGGAAAACAGAGAGCACAGGAUUUGGAUGAAGAUAGCGAUUGGGCUUUGCAUGGUGAUCCUCAAUUAGGGGGAGUGGGUGAUAGUAGACAAAUGACGGGAACUGUUGCCAUGCAAGAGGCAAUGCAGAAAUAG